UCGCAUGCCGCCCGUGCGCCGAGACAGCUAUAAUUGCUUGUCUAGCCGGGGGUUCUCUCGUGCUAAUCAGCAAUCCGACACAGGUUCAGCAUCUACCUCCAUCGAUAGCACGAUCAUUCUUCGGCGCAUGUUAAAGAGCCCUGCCUCUCUUUGAGCAGCGAAAGCCAGCCAUGGAUUCAUACCCCAACCGUGAAGCCGGUGUCGACUCGUACCGCCGCCGUUCGCCUGCAGGCAAUGAUCGCCGACCUCGCGGCAGCCGUGGACGAUCAAGAUCUCCGCAACCAAUCGACCGAUACCAGCCUUCACGAGAUCGGGAUGACUAUUACCCUGGAGGAGGUCGCGACGAGCGCGAACACCAUCCUCGUCGACGCCGCUCAUCGCCCCACGCCGUCCCGCCGACAAUCGACAGAUACGUCCCCGGCCAAGAGUCACCGUUCACGCCUACGCUCACGACGAACCCCGUCCCGAACCCGAUGACCCUCGAGUUCCAAGUUGGAUUCAAUUACUUCGCGGAGUGGUGGCGCAUGGAACAGCUCAUGAAGGAGGAGAAAGAGCGCGCGAAGAAUGGUGGCAGAAAGCCCGUGUUGAAGGGUGAAAAAGAGGCUCGGGAGGAGCGAGGGAAGGAGCGGGAGCAGAUCCAGAUCGCGUACGACGAGUACAAGGAACAGCUGCAAAUUCAGAUGGCCCGCACUUUUGUUCGUCUCCACAAGAAUGAGGAGUGGUUCAGGGAACGCUACGACCCUGAGUGCAAGGCCAAAUUCCGCGCAAAGCUGGCAGAAUUUCGUCAAGCCGCAUAUGCGCAAUGGGAAGUGGAUUUGGAUUCGGGUGUUUUCGACGAAUUCACUCUUGAGGGAAUCUACAAGAACGAGAGCAACGGCGCCGGCGGUCUUGUCGAGAAAGAGGAGGGUGAGACCACUGCGGCUAAUGAGGUCCUCGGUGUUGGAGAUCUCCUGCCCUCAAGAGGUGGCGAUCUUCGCGACGAAAACGCCCUCAACCAGCCAACGCUUCUCAUAAAGACCAUAUCUCCUUCAGUUAGUCGCGACAAGAUGGAGGCCUUCUGCAAAGAGCACCUCGAUGAAGGUCCAGGUGGUUUCAAGUGGCUCAGUCUGAGCGACCCUAAUCCCCUCAAGAAAUGCCAUCGAAUUGGUUGGGUAAUCUUGAAUCCUGAAGAGGAUGAGCCAAUGGAAGAGGACCGGGGCGAUGGCCGCGACGCUGAAGAACUCGAAGACAAUGGUAUCAAGCUUGAGUCGGAGUCCUCCGCACCCGUGGGCACUGCUAGUAAGGCGCUCGCUGCAAUCAACGGCAAGACCAUCAUGGAUGAAGAGCGUGGGAACUUUACCUGCCAUGUCGGAAUUCACGAACCACCCCAGGUCCCGCGAAAGAAGGCUCUUUGGGACCUCUUCUCUGCACCCGAGAGAAUAGAGCGAGAUCUACAGUUAGCCGAGCGAUUGGUUGCUAAGAUGGAUGCCGAACUUGGACCUGAAUACGAUGGCGUCGGCAAGAUCGAACAACGUGUGGAUGAGCUUCGUACUAAGGGCUGGCUACAACCUCCGGUCAAUGCCCCUGCCAAGAAAGUGAAGGUGGAGGAAGAAUUGGAGGAAGGAGAGGAUGCCACCAUGGAUGACGAAGAUGAAGAAGGAGCUUAUGAAGACGAGGUCGACGACGAGGAGCUGCUUGCCAAGAAGAAGAAGCUUGAUCUUCUGAUUGAAUAUCUUCGUCGCGUGUUCAACUUCUGUUUCUUUUGCGUCUUCGAGAGUGACUCUGUUCACGAGCUUACUCGCAAAUGUCCUGGAGGCCAUCUUCGUCGACCUCGGUCCAGUCUGACCACCGCGGCGAAAGCAACUGCAAAGGCUACAGCAGAGGGUGUCCCGUUUCCGUACAAGAAGCAGGAGUCAAGCGCAGACGCCGAAAUGGCCUUGUCGCCAGUUGAGCAGAAGAAGACCCCCCAGCUUGGUGUCAAGACUCAACAGCAGCUCCAGCGAGCUUACAAUUGGGUCAAGACAUACGAAGACAAGCUGCUCCAAAUCCUCGAGCCAGAUAGCGUGGAUAUCAAGAAGCUGGGUGGUAAGCCACUGGAAGAGGCCGUCGAGGACGAGCUCACCAAGCACGUGAGGCAAGAAGACGAGUCCAAAUGGCGCUGCAAGGUGCCAGAAUGCACGAAGCUCUUCAAAGGCAGGGCUUUCUGGCGAAAGCAUGUUGAGAAGCGCCACCCAGAGUGGUUCGAAAAGAUGCAGCAAGAUGUGAACUUGGUGAAUGUCUACGUGUUGGACCCUGCGCACAUCGCACCUUCGCGUAGUGAUGCCAACAGCAACGGACAUUUCCCCAUGAACAAUCAUCUCACUGCCGGCACGCCGCGCGGAUUCAACCUCUCCACCAUGCCCUUCAUCCCGGGUGGCGUUGGCAACGGCUUCCCAGGCUCCAUGGGCAUACAAGGAUUCAUGAACCCUGGAGGCAUGAACAUGAGCAGCUGGAACGGCAUGGGGGAUGACGAUCGACACCAGUCAGGACCUCGACGAAACGGCGGCAAUAGAUUCAACAAUCGGGCGCCGGGCCCAUACGAGCGACAGCAGCGAGACGGCCGUAAUCAGCGCUGGAACUCUGGUCGUUUGACGCCUCCGCGAGGAAGCGGGGGUCGUCCUAGCAGCGGCCGGAAUCUGGAAGGUGGUCCUGGCACGUUCCAAUCGCGCGAUGUGAUCCCGGAGCGUAAGUUGCGGAGCUAUGAGGACCUCGAUGCUGUUGGUGGAAGCAGCGCUGAGCUCAACUACUAGCUCUGUGUACACAGGCUUGACAUGUUCUGGCUGUCUUCGAUGCACUUUCAGGAUAGCUGGUUUGCGUGAUGCUGUCCUUUCCAGGCGGUCUUUUCCAGG